CUCUCUCUCUCUCAUCACAAACAAAGCACAAAUUCAUUCCCUCGUUCAUUCAAUGGAAGCCAGCGCAACUCAACACAAUUGAAGUGACAAAAGUGUGAACCGAUCUGCUUUGGUUCCUCAAACGUAUCUGGCAUUUACUCAGCCACAAAUAGCCCUGUUUGUGCAACGCACAUGUUGGGUUUGAUUGAGAUUUGAAUCAAGAUGCAGUCAAGGGUGGUGGCAUUGGAGGAAGGCAAGGACCCUGCUACUGCAUUUAAAUCCAGCCAUGCUAGGGCCUUGCCUUUGAGACUAGUUCAAUUUCUUGUGAUGUUUGUAGUUCUGGGUAUCGGGGUUUCGAUUUUGAGUAUGCACACGAUUCGGUUUUUUGGAGUUCAACAUGUGGCUCCAACAGCACCAUCCACUAUUAGGCCUUGCUUUGAAGAGCCAAGCAGUUUAGAAAGCCGGAUUAGACCUCCAUCUAAUCUGUUGCACGCCAUGAAUGACACAGAGUUGCUGUGGCUGGCUUCAUCUGCUCCUCAAAUAAACGACUAUCCUUUUAAAAGAGUUCCCAAGAUUGCUUUCAUGUUCUUAACUAAGGGACCAUUGCCAAUGGAGCCUCUUUGGGAGCGGUUUUUUAAAGGACACGAAGGGCUUUACUCAAUCUACGUCCAUUCACUGCCAUCUUAUAAUCCUAACUUCUCGCCUUCGUCAGUGUUUCACAAGAGACAAAUCCCAAGCCAGGUAGCAGAGUGGGGAGAGAUGAGUAUGUGUGAUGCUGAGAGGAGACUCCUAGCUAAUGCGUUGCUCGACAUCUCAAAUGAAUGGUUUGUCCUCCUUUCUGAGGCAUGUAUUCCUCUCUACAACUUAAGCAUUGUAUAUCACUACCUAUCAAGAUCCAGGUACAGCUUUAUGGGUUCAUUUGAUGAAAUUGGACCAUACGGGAGAGGACGCUAUGACGAACGCAUGGCUCCUUUGGUCAAUCUCACUGAGUGGCGUAAAGGGUCUCAGUGGUUUGAGAUUAAUCGGAAACUUGCAGUUAGGAUUGUAGGAGACACAACUUACUACCCUAAGUUCAGAGACUUUUGCAAACCAGCAUGUUAUGUGGAUGAGCACUACUUUCAGACAAUGCUUAGCAUCGAGACUCCACAUCUUUUGGCAAACAGGACCCUUACUUACGUGGACUGGUCAAGAGGUGGUGCUCAUCCAGCUACAUUCGGCAAAGCUGAUAUUACAGAGGAGUUCUUCAAGAAAAUUGCUGGAAGUGACACAUGUCUUUACAACAACCAGCCAACCUCACUCUGUUUUCUUUUUGCAAGAAAGUUUGCCCCAAGUGCUUUGGAACCUCUAUUAGAAUUAGCAUCCAAAGUAUUUGGAUUUUGACAUAUCAUUGGCUUCUAAACUGCAUGUUUGGCGAAGUUCUGAUUGGAGCAUGCGAGUGUAGUUUUGAGUUAACCCCAGACCUGUCUGCUGAGAUUGAUUCCUUUUUACCCAAAUUCAAUAGGUUUUUUGAAACUUAAUGUUAAAGCAUAUUGUAUGUAUAGAAAAAUAGGACCUAAAAAGUAGCAUCUUAGAAAUUUUUCUGGUACAAUAAUGAUUUAUAUUCAUAUCUGGUGGGGAAUUGAUUGAAUGUAGUUCUACUGAAUCAUAUUUCAUUCAAUAAAUAUCCUGACCUAUUUCUUUUUCUA